AUGGCUUCAACAGAUCCAAUGGGUCUUACCAACACCUGGGAACUUUCACUAUACGAAUUGCAUAGAUCACCCCAAGAAGUUAUUACAGAUGACACAGAAAUUGCUGUAUCUCCUCGAAGUCUACAUAAUGAACUAAUGUGCCCAAUUUGUUUGGAUAUGUUAAAAAAAACAAUGACUACUAAAGAAUGUCUCCAUAGAUUCUGUUCAGACUGUAUUGUGACUGCUCUUCGUUCAGGUAAUAAGGAAUGUCCUACUUGUCGUAAGAAACUAGUAUCUAAACGGUCCCUACGUCCUGAUCCUAAUUUUGAUCUUCUCAUAUCUAAGAUCUAUCCUAACCGUGAUGAAUAUGAAGCACAUCAAACUAAAGUAUUGGAAAAGUUAAACAAUAGUCACAGUCAAGCUAAUUUAGUUCAGUCAAUAAAUGAAGGUAUUAAAUUACAAACACAAAAUCGACUACAACGUACCAAAAAGAACCAACAUGAAGAACUAAAUGAAAAUAACUCAUCAACUUCUUCAAAACCUUCAAAUGUUUCUGGUCAAGAUAAUGUAACAAGAACUAUGGUACAAACAAAAGUGGCUAAGAAGAUGAAGUCUGUUAUGAUCUCAGAAAAAGAAGGUCCUUCUUCAUCUGUUAAUACCCCAGAUGUAACAGAAAUUGAUGAUACAACAAAAAGUGUAUCAACAGAUGAAAUAGAACUAGUGUUUAAACCUCAUCCUACAGAAAUGUCCAUUGAUAAUCAAUUGAUCAGAGUUUUGAAAGAAAACUCUGUUCGUUAUAUAAAAACAACAGCUAAUGCAACUGUUGAUCAUUUGAGUAAGUAUUUAGCUAUGCGAUUGACGGUAGACCUUGGCUCAGAACUUCCAGAAAAAGCUCUAAAUUUUUGUAUCUAUGUUGCAUCUACUGCUGGUCAAUUUGUUUCUCUCAAUGGUAAUCAAACACUUAGAAAUGUACAUGAUACAUUUUGGAAAGUUAACAAGCCACUUGAAAUGUUCUACUCUUUUACUUAA